GGCUCUGCUGACUGGCGAGUAGGCGAACGGCUCUCGCUCCGAGUCAGCAGCGAAGACACGACGAAAUCAAAACUACCAUGGUCGCAUAUUUGCUGGGCUAUUGCCACUGCUGAUUAAUGUCAUUUUUUCUCGCUUUUCCUCUUAAUUACCUGCCUUCAAAGCAUAGCGAAUCGACUUCGACGCUUCAACCCUUGAAGAUUUCGACCCGAGUGAGUUUGCUGCUCUCGUAGCGAGAUGGGGAGUAAGAAAGCAGACAUUCAAGUGAACGUCGCCGGAAUUCGGCGGACAGUGAAAAAUUUAGCCCACAAUUACUCGGAUGCUCAGGUCAAAGUUCGAGAGGCCACAAGCAACGACCCAUGGGGUCCUUCCUCAACAAUCAUGUCCGAAAUUGCCGACCUGACUUAUAAUGUUGUUGCCUUCACCGAAAUAAUGCAAAUGGUUUGGAAGAGACUAAACGAUCAUGGCAAGAACUGGCGGCAUGUGUACAAAGCCUUGAUGCUCCUUGAAUAUUUAAUCAAGACAGGAUCUGAGAAGGUGGCCAGUCAGUGCAAAGAAAAUAUUUUCGUCAUCCAGACCCUGAGAGACUUCCAGCACAUCGAAGAAAGCCAUGACCAGGGCCUUAACGUGAGGGAGAAAGCAAAGCAGUUGGUAUCUUUGCUCAAGGACGACGAGAAACUGAAGAAUGAAAGGGUUCGCGCCUUGAAAGCCAAGGAGCGACUAGCCCAAGCUCAGAAUAGUCUCAGCAGUGAUGUCGAAUUUCUGGAAAGCCCGUCAGGCACUCCUGCUCACAGUACUACGGACGAGAGAGGUCGAAACCGAAUGCAUUCUUCUGUUUCAUCAGAGCUGGAAAAUGCCCGUCCACAGACCAUCGGCGAGGAGGAGCUUCAGCUGCAGCUGGCCCUCGCCAUGUCCAGAGAGGAGGCGGACCAGGAGGAAGCGCGGAAGCGCAGUGAUGACGUUCGGCUCCAACUGGCUUUAUCUCAAAGCCAAGAGGAGUGCAAGCAGCCUCAAGCACAAGCUUCCGCUAGUGCCUGGCCAACGUCUCCGAGCUCUCCAACGCCUCAGAGUCAUAUGCUGGACUUGUUAGACAUCAGCCCAGAACCUGUUGCUGAUGCUUUUGACUUAAACUUUGAUUCCGCGAAUAAGCCUUCACAGAAGUCUGAUCCUUGGGCUGUGUCUUCGCCACCUCCGAGCAAUGACCCAUGGAACACAAGUGGGCCCACACUAGACGCCUGGCAACCGGCCAUCUCGAAUGCAAAUCCGUGGUCGCCCUCACCUUCCAACCAAUUCUUAAGCAAUAACGACACUAGUUUUGAUAUGCUUAAGAACAAUAAUGCUGAUCCUUUCCAAGUGCAAAAUCUUAUCGAUGCUCUGCCAAACAGUACAUCAACGACAUCAGGCCCAUCGACGAGUUCAAAUCUUCCCAAAUCAUUUUUGGGUGAAAACUUUGCACUUGUUAAUUUGGACAAUUUGGUCCCAGCAAAGCAAUCCAACCAAGCUCUUCUAGCUAAUUACAAUCCGAUUGCAGCUGCCCCAGUGAACCCAUUUGCGGCAGUAUCGCCAGCAACGCAGCCUAAGCCAAGCAUGAACCAGAUGAUGCAGCAGUCUGGCCAAAUGAACGACCCGUGGGCUCCAGUGUCCAGCUUCCCCAAGCCGGCUCCCGCGAGCAGUGUGCCCAACCCAUUCUUAUCUUGAAAGACUUGCUGCAAUUUUAUACAUUUGAUGCAUAUUGAGAUGUAAAAAUAGAUUGAUGCUGUUGUGGUUGGGGGAAGUGCGGUUUACUGUUAUCCUUGCAUAAUAAUAAUAAUCCAAUUCUUUUUAAAACUUAUUCAGCAUUUUCAUGUUUAAGAAUUUAAAUUAUUGGAUCAAGUCAUGUGAGCGAAAAGCAAUUUUAGCACUGCUUUAUUAUUCCUGAGAUGAUAAUCUUCACAGUAUUUAUAUUAUUGUAAGCUUUACGGUUAUUAAAUAAUAUAUUCUUGUAUCAAGGCAACUAAAAUUUUCAACAACUUAUACAAUGAAUGAAACUAUGAUGCUUCUUUAUUUGCUACGAAUGCCAAUCAAUGAACUGUAUUGCGCUAUUCUUAAAAAGAUCCUA